GUGUGUGUGUGUGUGUGUGUGUGUGUGUGUGUGUGUUAAUACCAAUCCCAAAGUUGGUCCCAGAGCAGACGCCGACUCUGGUCUGAGAUCAGCUUCCUCUUGGUGUCUUUAACAUGAUCAGAACUCUGAGCUUCACUUUGUUCCGGCCCAGAGGGUUCUGAUGCUCAUUGUGAACUCACUGCCCCCUGUUGGUGAAGAUGCUGGACUGCACCCAGGUCUGUUUUCAGCUGCUGAGAGUCCACAGAACCAGGUCACAUAUCAGUCGGGAUGGAUUCAGUUUCACUCCCACAUUUACCUGCUGCUGUCUGCGUCAGCUAGAUGAUCCAGGACCAGUCACAGCUCAGAGCGGUUGGUCACGAGUCUCGUUUACUAGCGCGGCGUUGGGAGGAAUGACUGGCACAUGCUGUGGGACCAGCGGUGGAUAUUAUGGACUUUGGACCAGACUACAUCAAGCUGCUGCAAUAUGAAGUCAACAGGAAUCCUGAUGUAAGUUCUGCUUAAAUCCUGGUUCUGAUGAUGGCAGGGAUAAGGACUGUCUCCAGAACUUUCUUUUUACCUGAGGAGGAGAGCAAGCGAAGGUUUUUGGGUCUUUUUGCUUCCCACUGUCGUCCUCCUGCUCACAUUCACAGUGGCUGGGUUACAUCCUUUUAUCCGAGGGAUUGGGAUUCAUUUUUCACGUCUUGCCUGGCAGUAAUCAGAAUUGUUGUCCGAGUGCCAAAAACAAGCCUUACAGAUUCACUCUCACGGGCUAUGUCCGACUGACAUUAAAACUUUAUUAGAAUUGCUCUGGGUCCAUUUAAAAUCCCAACAGACACGGAGACGGAAAUGAAAGAAAGGAGGAAGAGGAAAGGAAAUGAGAAAUAAUAAAGAGGUACGAGACUCCGCUCCUGAAGAGAGAGAGAAGAAAGAGACGACACAACAACACAGCGCUGAACAUAUAAUGAUGUUCCUGAAAAGUACACGUGACAAUUAAUACGUGGUGUCAUUGACCGACGACAGCCCAAGUUGUGUGUCUGAAAACACCUGAGCUCAUACUUGUGGCAACACCUUACAGGAACCUUUGUGUGUCCAUGCACCUGUGUAUAUAAGGUUUCUCCAUAGGAGUGUCCAAUAGUGAGAUCAUAGCAGAGAGCCCUCAGGCCCCGCCUACAGCCGCCACAUGGAUCCAGCCCGGAUCUCAGCGGACCGAGACCUAAGGGCAUCCAGACCCUGGAGAAGGCCCAACAGAGCCCAAGGGCCCGGGCUGGGAGUAAGCCAGCAGAUGCCACAACACCCGGCCCCAGACACGAGAGCCACCACCCACCAGCAGAAGACCUAUCAGGGGGAGGAUAGGCCUCAGACGUUGUAGUGGUCUAAACGUCCCAGGAGAGGGGCGGAGUCCACAGGGCCCUGGGUGUGCACCUGUAAGGAUGUCUUAGGUGGGAGUGUUUAAACAUGUGUCUUUAAUAAAAAGUGUAACUUUAUUAAAAUUAACUUACUGCAACCGGUCAAUCUGAUUCUGGAGCUGAGAUGAUUGAGAUUAGUGGUUCUGUGGAGAGCUCUGAGAUGAUUUGUACCGUGAACAGGAGCUUUAGAAUUAAACUGGAGCCGUGCUGUCCAGGGGCGUGUCCAGGGAGUGGCCUGGGGUGGCAAAUGCCACCCUUGGAAUCUGAUUGGCCACCCCAGGUGCCAACACACUAAUUUACCUUUAAAUAGGCUUUUCAUUGUCCACAAAAGGCUUGGGGGUAAAACAAAAAAAGCAUAACCAUUGGUGCCACCCAUGCACAAAGUUGUGCCUCACCGGGGCCACCCCAUUUUAAAAGAUCUGGACACACCACUGGUGCUGUCUAAAGUAACCCUUGGUCCAUGUGGUUCUGAUGGUUCAAUUCAAUUCAAUUCUAUUUAUAUAGCGCCAAAUCACGACAAGAGUCAUCUCAGGGCACUUCACAUAAUAAACAUUCCAAUCCAGGUCAGUUCAUUAAGCCAAUCAGCAAAAAGUUUCCUAUAUAAGGAACCCAGCAAACUGCAUCAAGUCACUGACUAGUGUCAAGAGUCUUUACAGCAGUCCUCAUACUAAGCAAGCAUAUCGCUACAGUGGAGAGGAAAACCUCUGGAUCCGAUGCCGUCUGAGGCGUCAGAGCUCACAGUAGAAAACAGUGGCGCUGCUCCCCGAUACGGGUUCUGAUUCAGUCUGUUUGGACCAGUCGUUUAACCAUAUCAGUGGCUUUAUGUCCCGCUGGACCCUCCGGACAUGUCUUCUCCUCAGAGACACCAUCGUUCCUCCUCAUUUGGACAUGAGGACAGGUGACGGUGUCUCUUAUUGGUCAUGUGACUGAAUGACGACCUACCCAGGUGUGCCUUCCCCUGUCAGCAGAUUGUUUUUGUCUCAGAGGUUGAUGGAGGUGGGAAAGGAGGAGCAGCAGGAGGAGGCUCCUCCCACCUGCAGUACGCUUCCAGCACCAUGCUACAUCCCACAGAGAUCGGUGGUCUCCACAAACCUGGGAGGAACUCCGGUCACCCCCCAGCUAACUGAGAACCUGAGGAGGAUUCUGUUUGGUGGAACGUUUCACGUUUUUAACUACGAGUGGAGGAAAUCUUACUUCCAGUUCAGAGAAGCAAACAGUGAGCUGUCCUACGCGCUGGAUGCUGACCGGGGUGGAGCCCAAGCCAUUCAGAUGGUGAUACAGGCUCGUGUCAUCAGAGAGCUGCUAUUUGGUCCAAGUAGUGGCACUGGCAGACAGUCGCUGCACAGCCUCCAGGACGUAGGACAGGGAGACCAAGAGAAGGCCUUGGCAGUUGCACUUUCUGAUAGCCUCUGGUUGGUCGGUGAGGAGAAGGCCACUGUUACCUUGGUAACCGAAGACUACUGCAUCACACCUCACCUGGACUACAAACUGGACAACUUUACAGAGAAGCUGCAGCUGUUCACGUUUGACAAGAAGGACGACGUCAGGAAGUUCAUCCUUGAUCACAUCCAAUGUUUUAAGGAGGAGGGGAGUCACGGGGUCAUUCUGUUCCUGUACAGCCUCAUCUGUUCACGUACACUGGACAGGCUCAGAGACGACCUGGACUCUAACACCUCACACCUGCUGCACCUGAGUCUAGGGAACUUUGUGUGUCAUCAGGCCUUGUUGAGCCUGCUUCUGACGGGCAGAGCCAGUCCUCAGCUCUUUAACGGAACGUUGGACAGCAGUGAGGACGGCCUGGAGCGCCGCCUCCAGGGCAUCCUCGCUCGUGGUGAUGUGGGUUAUCUGUACUGGAGCCGGGAGCAGAUGGACAGAGGGCUGCUCCCACAGGUGGGCAGCAUGCUGAAGACGCCCCGGUUUCCUGUUUGGGUCUGCUGUAUCAACGGCACCUACUCAGUUCUGUUCAGUCUGAACCGCUCUCUGCUGUCCGACUGGAGAAUGGAGCAUCAGUUCCAGCUGUUCUACUACAACGGACAGAACUCUCACAAAACGACGACCCGACUGACCGUCGAUACUCACUCCCACCACUGGGAGGCGCCAUCCUCUGACCCGGGUGGAGACCUGGAGAAAAGAUUCCCUUCUCUGGAGAUGAUCAUAAGAACCAAGUGGGCCGGAGCGGUCAUCAACUGGAACGGAACCGACCCAUUUUACUGAUGCUGCGAUGGAUGCGUCCACCAGAGCUCAGAACCAUCAGAACCAGACCGGGUUUGAGUUAGUCUCAAAAAUAAAAAAGCAGAUCUGGAUGAUUCGUUUAUUUCACACGUUCACCUCCUUUUUAAAUAAACUUGAAGUGAAAUC